UUCGGCCCCGCUCGGAAAUCUUCGCCCAUUUCCGGAGUGCGACGGCGGCUGCUCUACUCUCGCAGCGCCACACAACACCGCACCGCAGUCAGGCGAGCACAAGUCGGGCACACCUGGUCGAAAGCUCCGCUAUGUAACUUUCAGGAAGUAAACAAACGGACACAGGAGUCGUUUUUCGCCAAUCUUGCGCUCGUCUGCCAAAACCUCCCGGGGCGAGAAGCCGAGGAAUGCGGCGCCUUUAGUGGAGGAGAAAGUUACUGUUGAAAUUGAUACUAAAAAAGCGAACAUGGCCACCGGCGGCUUCAAGUCGAGCGCCACUACAGACUUCCUGGAGGAGUGGAAGGCCAAACGGGAGAAGAUGAGAGCCAAAAUGCUGGGGGACAUCGCCGCCGCCACCGGGGCGGGUUCGUCGGGGAACUGCCACACGGCGGAGGAACCGCACAACCCCAAGAGCGAAUCGCCGGAGCGGGGAAGCCCGACCGAGUCUCCGUCGCCGUCCGGGAAAAGCAAGGAGAAAAAGAGCAGCGGGCCCAGCGCCAGGAAGGGCAAAGGGCAGAUCGAGAAGAGGAAGCUGAGGGAGAAGAGGAGGUCCACAGGUGUGGUCAGCAUGCCGUCCAACGAGAGCCUGGACGAACUGGAUGACGACGACGGCGGGGAAAAGGACGGGCGGGAGGAAGAGGAGGAGCGGCUGGUCCUGGCCAACACCUUCCAGAACGAGGCCAUGACGGCGGAUCCGUCUACCGGUCUGGUUGCGGAGAACAUGGGAAGAUCUGCGAAUAGUCGCUCUAAAAGCUGCAGCAGCGCCGACGAGGAGAGCCGGCAUCGCCAGGGCCGCCACGUCAGAGACGCCGCGCCGGGGAGUCUGGAAAAAAGGCUGGAGGAGCUGGAACAGGAGCUGCUCCGGGAGCGCCAAGAGAACGAGCGUCUCCUGAAGGCCCACCAAGAAAAAGACGAUGUCAUCGAGAAGCUCAAGGAGGAGAUGGACCUCCUCUACCGGGACUUGGACGACAUCGAAGACGAAAACGAGCAGCUGAAGCAGGAGAACAAAACUCUCCUGAAGGUGGUCGGUCAGCUGACCAGGUAGAAGGACGCGUUCAACUUGUCGGAUGCCUUCGACGUCUACUUAGCAUCCAAAUAAUUUAACAAUCACACGAGCCAAGUGCGGCUCUGGAGCCGCAGCUCGGGCAUAUAUCAACGGCAACGAAAGCGUUCAUGUAAAUAUUUUUUGUACAUAUCGACGUUUAGACGGAUCAUUGGCAAACCGGCCCGCAAAAUGAGCUUUCCGGGUCUUUGAACGCAUCGUUUUUGUGGUUUUGGUUUCUCUUUUUAAAAAGCGUUGCAUGAUGCUUAUCAGUGUUUAAUAAAACUUUGAUUAUCUCCC